AUUUGUCUUAAAUGUUUGAUACCGGGUCUUUUAUUAUGAACUGUUCAACUUCCGGUGAUGUAAGACGCGCAAGUGUUCAGAUGUCUCGUGUCUGCAUUAUUAUUUUGCUUUUGCAAAUGUACAUUUUUCCAUAGAGUCUUUAAUAACCCACCGCUCCAGUUGUCUUCCAGCAGCAGCAGCUCCUCUUGUCAUGAUUUCUGUGUGUAUCGCGCGCCGCUGAAGGCGUCAUGUGACGGCGGCCAUGAUUGGACACUAGGAGCUGUCAGCAAGACUUAAGGAAGAGCCUGCUGUUGUAUUUUGCGCAUGUGGAAGUGUCUCCAUGGGUGUCCUGCGGGUGCUGUGGGGCAUCAUGGGAAGGAUCAGCAUGUUCAGGUCGUAUCAGAUCGUGCUUCUCCUCGCUGCAGCUUUAGCAGUGGUGGCGUUUUAUUACUUCGGCUCAGAAAAGCAGAACUUCUCCAGCACCACAAAACGCAUCAAGGAGACGCAAGCGAGCCAUAACAGCAACCGCGACGACGCCGAUCUCUCCAUAGACAUCCAGCCGGGACAUCUAGAGAGUAGACCGGGAGCCGGAGCGGAGCUGGAGGGAAAACCCAAACGCUUUCAUGCUCUCAUGAUGUUCACCAAGGUGGACAAGAGCUUGAGCCUGCAGCAGAAAUUUCAGACGGCCAUGCGCUCAAUGGUCAAACAUGGACGCUUUCUGGAGGAUGAGAUACUGGUUCUGCAUUACGUCUCUGAUUUGGGCAGUCAGGAGUUUGGGGAGAAGAUGCUUCCUGAACUCCUGCUGGAUGCAAGCUUUCAGUAUGAGGUCGUGUUUCACAAUGUUGAUACUCUUACGGAGAAAUUGUUCCCGAUUGUAGAGGCCAUGCAGAAGCACUUUAGUGCUGGUUCGGGUGCAUAUUAUAGCGAUGCCAUCUUUUUCCUGUCUGUGGCCAUGCAUCGCAUCAUGCCUGCAGAAUUGAAGCGCAUUGUGCAGUUGGAUCUGGAUCUAAAAUUUAGAAGCAAUAUCAGAGACCUUUUCCAAGAGUUCAACCAUUUCCCUUCGGACGCCGUCAUUGGGAUUGCACGUGAAAUGCAGCCAGUUUACAGGCACACUUUCUGGCAGUACCGCAAAGAAAAUCCCAAAUCCCGUGUAGGUGACCCUCCUCCAGACGGUCUGCCAGGCUUCAACAGUGGCGUAAUGCUUCUAAACCUGGACUCCAUGCGUCGCUCCACUGUAUACAACCAGCUCUUGGAGCCUGAGCGAGUGGCCCGACUUGCAGAUAAAUACCACUUCCGGGGACACCUGGGAGAUCAGGACUUCUUUACCAUGAUCGGGAUGGAGCACACCGAACUGUUUUACCCUCUUACCUGUGGCUGGAACCGGCAGCUUUGCACUUGGUGGAGGGAUCAUGGGUAUGGGGACGUCUUCCAGCUGUAUUAUCAUUGUGACGGACCAGUGCACAUCCAUCACGGCAACUGCAACACUCCCAUUCCUGACGAUUGAGGGUCAGAGUGAAUGAUAAAUCGUCAGUGAAACGCAAGUUUUAUUUGCACACAAGUUCAUCGAGGCAGAAAGGGCCUGUUGGUAAAGGUGCUAUCAGUGUGGCGUUCUCAUGCUCCAGAUAUUAUUUGGUCAUUUACACCACUGAGGCUGUUGGUGCUUUUCUAAAGUUACUGAAAGACAAAGACUCUGCUUUAUUUAGCAGUUUAAGUGAAGCAGUGAAUCAGAGUUUCUCAGGCAGGUGUUUCAUCAAACUGAUCUUAAACAGCAGGUUUGGAAGCAGCCAAUCAUAGCGAGGUUUCUUUUCCACCCCAUGAUGCCGCUCUGUGUUGUUUACAGAUGUAGACACAUCAAGGUACCAUUAUCUCUCUAUUGCACAACAUAUUUUUCGUUUUUGUUUUGAGCGUUUCUUAAAUUGACCGUUCUCCCAAAAUUGAGAAUUCCUUCAUCUGCUCAACCUCAUGUCAUUUCCAACCUAUAAGACAAGUUCUGCCCCUGCAAUCAAGGUUUAUUCACUCUGACACUUCAAAACAUUUAUAAGGCGAUUGUAAAAUACAUCCAUAAGAGUUAAAACCAAGUUUAACCAAAUUUGAAUCCAAGUUUUCUGAAGAGGCACGUUUGCUUUAUUUAAUAAAUUUAUUUAAUUUAGCCUUUUGUUCACAGACAGUAGGAAUCAACUUAAACAGAAGCUCAACCAUAUCUGCUUGAUGCACAACAACAAACCUCAUUGGCUCUUGCAAAAGCACAUCUUACAUCACACAUAAGCCAGGGCGCAGGUUUGCUCUUGACAUUGGUGGGGACCUUUGAACCACCUGUGAAAUAUGACAUGCUAGCCUACUCUGAGGGAUUAUGAGAACUGACAGGAAUCAUAUUAUCAAUAUUUGUACAUUUAGUAGUUUAUUGUGUAUUGUUUAUUUUUAGUUUUCAGACCAUUUUAUACACGGACUAUAUCAGCCUUCUAUAGCGUUAGAGUGAGAGUCACAGUGGGAAAAAAAUGCUAGCAUUAAUGUUACCAUUAUUAUGACGGACUGUUUUAGUAGCAAAUUUGAGCUUCUCAUGUGCACCUUUUUUUUUUGCUGCCACCAUCCUCACUUGCGUGUCACCCACCUUACACACCUUGUUCUUGCACAGGAAAAAUCCCCUUUGCAGUUUAGGCGCUGCUACAUCACACGUUACAUGUCACAGCAGGGAAAGGCAUGGCCAAUUACAAUGUUCAUUUGAGUUUUGGGGACAGAAGGACUCGAAUAGAGAAGGUGAUAUAACCCAAUGGCCAGGUUCAUGUUGACAGCGCAAAUUUUUAAAGUGAAUUCAAAUAUUGGUGGGAACAUUUCAGCAGUCGCUGUGACGUUUGUGACAGAAUUUUAAAUGCAAGAAUGAACCUCAUUGGUUCUAGUGGAAACUCAGAUGUUGUCAUGUCACAUGCAAGAAUGAACCUCAUUGGCUUUAGGAAAAUCUUAAAAUUUGUCAUGUGACAAACAACAAUGAACCUCAUUAGUUUUUGCAGAAUCUCAAGUGUUGUCAUGUGGCAUAAAAGAAUGAACAUGAUUGGUUCUAAUGAAAAUCAAAUGUUGUCAUGUGACAUACAAAAUAAACCUCAUUGGUUCUAGUGGAAAUCAAAUGUUGUCAUGUGACAUACAAAAUGAACCUCAUUGGUUUGAGUGGAAAUCAAAUGUUGUCAUGUGACAUGCAAGAAUGAACCUCAUUGGUUUAGGGAAAUCGUAAAUGUUGUCAUGUGACAUGCAAGAAUGAACCUUAUUGGUUCUAGUGUAUUCUCAAAUGUUGUCAUGUGACAUACAAGAUAAACCUCAUUGGUUUUCACAUAAUCUCAAGUGUUGGCAUGUGACAUGCAAGAAUGAACCUCAUUGGUUCUAGUGGAAACUCAAAUGUUGUCAUGUGACAUGCAGGAAUGAACCUCAUUGGCCUCCGUGUGUCAAGGAAGUAUGUGUGAGCUUCCAUCUCCUCGUUUAAAUGCUGUACACGUUGUUUGCUGAUCAAUGUUUAUGUGUGAUAAAAGCCUACCUUAGGGAUGUCCAAACUCAGUCCUGGAGGGCCGGAGUCCUGCAGAUUUCAGCUCCAACUUAACUCAACACACCUGCAAGGAAGCCAAGGAAGGCUUUCUAGAAAGCCUAGUAAGAGCUUGAUUAGCUAGCCCAGGUGUGUCUGAUUGGGGUUGGAACUAAACUUUGCAGGACACCGGCCCUCCAGAACCGAGCUUGGACAUGCGCUGCCUACAUCAAAUCUCAUAUAAGCGGUUUAUUUCUUGCCAGAACACUUGGAUUAAACAUCUUUAUUCAUAUAGAUUUAUUUUAUGAUCUUCUUAUAAUAAUCAUUAACAUUUUUAAUUGAUUGAAUGGGUUUGUAACAAGGUGAGGUUGAGUAAAUGAUUAAAUCUUCUUUUUUUAUAUACUUCUAUUUGUGCAAUGCAUUCUCAAUCCAUACCAUGUUUACCAGUGUUUUAUGCAGCGAUGACGAGAAAAGUGGGGUAAAGUGCGUUGACCCACUUUCACAUGUGAUUUUAGAAAUCCCUUUUCUCCGUGAUGCGCAGCUGUAUUGCCUUAGAAUAGCUAAGUUAUCAUCUAGAACAUCUGAUCAGGACGAGGGAAACAUUCCUGCUGAGGUGCUGUGAUCCGCCUGAGAAACGUGUAAGUGGGAUUUACUGGAGUUUUCCACCGGGAUCGGCCUCUUCCCUGAGGGAGAUUAAUGCUAGAUUUAUACUAGAGCACUGGCUGUUGUGUUUGGCUGGCAUUUGUUGAGUGAUGUUGCUGUUGGCGAAACUCUGUGUGAGAUGCUCAUUAUAACCUCCGCAAUGUCAGAUCCGCAAGCCGGAGAGAAGGAACGUAGUAAUGAGUCCUUGCAAGUGUUGCCAGAUAGAUGUGUGGUAAUAGGUAGACGCUGUGAGUUUAAGGACUGCAUGUCUUUGGGAUUUUCACUUAAUUUGUUUUUUAGUUGGGUCAUGUUUUGUCUAGCGCUUCUGUCUUAAUCGUUGAAGACCAUUUCUGUGAUGUUGACCUACGUUUGCCUGAUCAAGUUAAAAGCAAAAUGUUUGGCUAAUUAAACUUUAAUCUGUCGCUCCCAGCAGUUUCCAAGCACAAUUUUUUUUUAAUGUUUUCUCACUUAAGUGUUAAUUUACUUUGGGUCUCGUUCGAGAAAGAUGAGCAGGGUUUACUUCUGUGUAAAUCUUACUUUGUAUGUUAUUGAUAAAAGUUUGGGGUUGAUGAUAAGAUUUCUGAAACAAGUCUCUUAGGCCGAAUUCCAAUUCUACCCCUUAGCCCUUCCUCUUACCCCUACCCCUCAUCUUGCGCAUUCACCUGAAGGGGUAGAGAUGUCCCAAUACUCUUUAGCUUGAAGGUGUAGGUCUAAGUGGAAGGGCUAGAUACCCCUCGAAACGGAGAUUUGUCAGGACAAUACUCGAAACCAAGGGGUAAGAAAAUUUCCCAAAAUACUACAUCUACAGCGGUGUAACAACAGAUAUAAGAUCAGUCAGAUUCAUCAGCGGAUUGCUCGUAUGUCAGCCUAUAAACAGACCAGCUGAUCAAUGUGGCUUUGAAACGCUCCAGUGUCCCUGUAUUUGUAGUUACACCAAAGAGCUUAGAAUCACCAA